AUGCCAAAAGCCCCAAGACAGAAAAGAACUAUUGUAAACUGCCCUCCACCUAAAAGACCCGGAGAAAUCAACUUUAGCCUGUGGGAAAGAGACCUCACUUGUCCUGUGUGCAGCAAAACCUUUCUCCAAACAUGGUCAUUACGAAGACAUUUGACUGGUGUUCAUCAAAAGUCUAAUCCAGAAAAAGCCGUAGAAUAUAAAGCUGUCAAGGCAUCUGACUAUUCUUCCAAAAAUGAAAAGGAGUGCCAGUCCCAACAUUUACUAGAAGGGUUUCUACUUACACCAACCUCUCCUUGUCGAACCUUGGAUUUCCCACGUCUUAUCUGA